AUGGCUGGCGCGUCGGGCCCGCCCACGUUGCUGGACAAUCUCAAUGCUGCUCAACGCCUCGCAGUCCGCUCUGACAGAGAUACUGUCGCCAUCCUCGCCGGCCCGGGGAGUGGCAAGACGCACACGCUGACUUCCCGAGUCGCCUGGCUUAUUGACCAUGUCGGCUAUAAACCGGAACAUGUCAUUGUCGCGACUUUCACCGUCAAGGCGGCGAGGGAGAUGAAAGAGCGAAUCGGCAAGGCUCUCGGUAAUGGUCGAGAGAAGAGAAUCAUUCUGGGAACCUUUCACAGCAUUGCACGCCGUUACCUCGCUGCGUAUGGACAGCGGAUAGGCCUGGACCAAAAGUUUGGCAUCGCAGACGAUGCCGACUCGAGAGCCAUCAUCCAGCGUAUCAUCAAGCGCCUGCAAUUGACUCUCGAUCCGCCCAUGGCACGAGGUUGGAUCAGCAAAAGGAAAGCGAAGGGCACAGGUGAUAACGCCCAAGCGAAGCCGCAGUUCGGAGGCAACCAAUCACAACGCACCCGCGAGCUGGAGACUUGUUAUGCCGAGUAUCAAAGCCACCUGGAACGAUCCAACCUGCUCGACUAUGAUGACUUGCUCGUCAAGUGUGUUGAGCUUCUGACCAAAUUCCCCUCCUGCGUCUCUAAUAUCCAGUCUGUACUCAUCGACGAGUAUCAAGACACCAACGGCGUCCAGUACGAGUUGAUGAGACUUUUCGCCCAGAAACACCGGAGAAUCACCAUUGUUGGCGACCCUGACCAGAGUAUCUAUGGCUGGCGCUCAGCAGAGAUUAGAAAUCUUUUCAAGCUACUGCAAGAUUACCCUGGAACGGACGAGAUAUCCUUGGAGGAGAAUUACCGGUCGUCGUCUCGCAUUCUGGAUGUGUCUUUGCAGGUCAUCCAACAAGAUGAAAAACGAUACAAAAAGGUGCUGCUUCCAGUACACCAGAAGGGUACGAAGCCGGUGUUGCGUAAAUUGAGGACAUCUUCGAUCGAAGCGGAGUGGAUCGUGUCUGAAAUCCGGCGAAGCAUUUUGAUGUCAGGCAAGAUGAUCACUCACGACGACAUUGCAAUCCUCCUUCGCUCCGCUUUUCUGUCGAGGCAUAUCGAAACAGCACUCGGCAAAGCUGGUAUUCCCUAUCGGAUGGUUGGCGGCUUCAAAUUCUACGAGCGAGCUGAGAUCAAAGUAAUUCUGGACUACUUGCGAGUCAUCCAUCAGCCAAAUAACAACGACUCUCUCGCUCGAGUGAUUAACACACCCAAGCGUGGCGUGGGCGAAGCCACCAUCAAGGCGCUCUUAGAAGAGGCUGAGAAGGCCUCUAUGAGUCUUUGGGACUUACUCGUCAAGCACUGUAGGGGUGAUCGGAGGGCAAACACCAACAUUAAAAAGAAUGUGGAGAACAAACUGAGCGGCGAUUUCAUCAGGCUCAUCCUGGGUAUACAGAAGCGUGUCCAGGAAGCGACUCCCGAAAAGCCUUUUACUCUCGUUGAGAUGAUUGAGCAGCUCCUUGCUUCACUGAAGUUCGAGAAGUACCUAGAGGACACCUACGGCGAGGACCAUGAGGGCAGAUGGGCCAAUGUCAAAGAGUUCCUUGGCCUGGCCAAGGAUUUCAUGAAGGAAGCCCAAGACACCGAAGCAGAAGCGCUUCCCGAGGUCGAGGGCGUUGAUCAAGUCAAGGAAGUCGAGAUUCUCCCUCGCUUUCUCGCCAAUGUCUCGCUUUCGUCUGAUGCCCAAAAGACCGACGAGGACCAGGAGCAAAAGCCCAUGAUCACUAUCUCGACCAUUCACGCUGCGAAAGGCCUAGAAUGGCCCGUUGUCUUCGUCCCGUCCGCAUACAACGGCUCCAUCCCACAUAUGCGGUCCGAGGACAGCGACGAAGAACGGCGGCUGCUCUAUGUCGCCAUGACACGGGCAAAAGCCUUGCUCUAUCUCAGCUGCCCUCAGUAUAGCUCGCACGGGCACGGCGAGGAACUCGAACUGUCGCCUUUCCUUGAGCCCGUCCCUUUGCAUUACUUUGCCGAGAGAGGUCCUUCGUUCGACAGGCCGGUGCUCGAAGAGCUUGGUCGUAUUCUGAACAGGCAGGUGCCAUUGGAGGCUGAUAUUUACACUUCAAUGCCCAUGCUCGUCAGCACGGAAGACGAUGCGUUCCCGAUAGACCCGGAAGACACUUAUAAAGUUUCCUCCAGAGACUGGAACGGGUCGGGUGGCUCCUCUGCCGGUGUAUCCAGGCCAUCAAAAAGGCAAAAGCUGUACGGACCGGCAGGAAGCGUCGACGCCGACGAUCAACCACAGUGGAAGCGGGACUAUGCUACCACCAUGGAGGCGGCGUCCAGCUUUACCGUGCCGUCGCUGCCAGGCUUUGUCAGCGCUGGUGCACAUCACACUGCUCUUGCUGCUGCCGAGCCCGUUCCUCCAGAAGCACCUCGCCAGACGGGCCAGAAGGCUCCCGGCAAGGCCACGACGAAGCGACCUGCAAAUCAGCAGAGCAUGCUCUCAUUCGUAAAAGGCGGAUCACAACCUGUUCCACAUCCAGUCCAGGCACCUGCUCCGACUCCAGUCCAGGCACCUGCUCUCCCACGACCUGGUGUAUACCACACAGUCCCGUCAGCUGGGCGAGCAUACAUCGGUGGCCAGAAUACCAUGCCGCCCAUGAGCUACAAUCGGCCACCACCACCGACCAUUCAGCCCGAAUUCACCGGCCACAGGCUCGGCGGCGGCAGAAUGAUGAGCCGCCCGCAAUACCCACGAUCAGAACCGGUGCAGAGGAAUGCGUAUGUGCAAUUCACGAGCUCGCCGCCAACAUCGCCGAGCAAGACUGGUGCGGUUGUAGCGCAGGGUGAUUAUACGGGCGUAGAGAACGCGCAGAACGUGCAGGGAGUCAUGCGGCCCGCCGCCUGCCUGCACCAACCGACGACGUACUCGAUGCCGCCGGGGCUCGCAGGUUACAAGAGGCCUGGCGGGCUCUCCAGAGAAGGCAUAGCCCCGAUGGAGAGGCUGCGCAAGCCUUUCAAGCCUCUGACGAUGAAUAGACCCUCUUGA